GAGGGUGCGGGGAGUUGCGACCAGUAGGGGAGAGUUUUAUGGGCCGGGUCUGAGCCCAGUGACGAUCCCUUCAAUUGACUCCGCCCUGUAGCCCAGUGGCUUCAGCCAGUUGUUCCUGUGCGAGAGACUUGCUGGGAGUUGCACACGGGAGUUGCAGGGUUAUAAACGUUCAAGAUGAGUGAGGAAUCCAUUAUCCGCAUCCCUCCAUACUGCUACAUCCAUGUCUUGGAUCAGAACAGUAACAUCUCCCGGGUGGAGACUGGGCCCAAGACCUACAUCCGACAGGACAAUGAGAGGGUCCUGCAUCACCCCCAGCGCAUGGUCAUGGUGCCCCCUCGCCAUUACUGUGUGAUCCAGAAUCCUGUGCAGAGGGACUCGGAGGAGAAAGUUCUGUUUGAUGACGUAGGACAGGCCAAGCUCAGCCAUGGAGACAAGGAGAUCCGACUGACCCAGGACCCAUUUCCCCUGUACCCUGGGGAGGAGCUGCAGCUGGGCAUCACCCCCCUCACUGUGGUUCUUGCCAACACUGCCUUGCAUCUAAAAGCGCUGCUGGACUUAGAAGAUGAAAGUGGCAAAUAUGUGGCCGGGGACGAGUGGCUUUUUGAGGGACCAGGAACCUACAUCCCCCGGAAGGAGGUUGAGGUGGUACAGACCAUCCAGGCCACUGUCAUCCGCCAUAACCAAGCCAUCCGCCUGCGAGCCCGUAAAGAGUGCAAGGACCGCGAGGAGCGGGACAGAGUCACAGGUGAGGAGUGGCUGGUUAAGAAGGUGGGUGCCUAUCUCCCUGGAGUAUUUGAGGAGGUGGUGGACAUUGUUGAUGCCUUUGUACUAACAGACAAGAGAGCUCUGCACAUCCGAGCAACCAAAACCUUCCGCGGCGACAAGGGGAACCUCCGCCGAACAGGAGAGGAAUGGCUGGUGACCAUGGAAGACACGGAGGCCUAUAUCCCCAAUGUGUACGAGGAGGUGGUGGGAGUCGUGGACAUAACCACCCUGAACAGCAGGCAGUACUGCGUCAUUCUGGAUCCAGUGGGAGAAGAUGGGAAACCUCAGCUGGGGCAGAAAAGGGUUGUCAAGGGCGAGAAGUCCUUCUUCCUUCAGCCUGGGGAGAGCUUGGAGUAUGGGAUCCAAGACGUCUAUAUCUUGUCGGAGGAGGAAGGCUUGGUUCUGAGGGCUCUGCAGGUGUUGGAAGACAAGGAUGAGGCUUCUGGGCCCCGGAAGAAGCGGAGGAAAGAGAAGGAAGUGCCAGUGAGUGAGGGCACCGAGGUGGAGCGCAAGCCUGGAGACCGCUGGAUGAUCCGUGGCCCCAUUGAGUACGUCCCCCCUGUGGAAGUAGAGGUGGUGGUGAGAAGGGAGGCCAUUCCCCUGGAUGAGAACGAAGGCAUCUACGUCAGGGACAUCAAAACUGGCAAAGUGCGGGCGGUGGUGGGACAGAGCUACAUGCUGACACAAGAUGAAGAGUUGUGGGAGAAGGAGCUGCCGGCCAAUGUGGAGACCCUCUUGGCUUCUGGGAAAGACCCUUUGGCUGACAGAUCUGAGAGACAGGGUCAGGCACAAGAGGUGCAGCCAAGAGACAAGACUCGGGCAGUCACCUACCGGGUGCCCCAUAACGCUGCCGUGCAGGUCUACGACUACCGGGAGAAGAAAUCUCGAGUGGUGUUUGGGCCGGAGCUGGUGGUACUUGGUCCUGAUGAACAGUUCACAGUUCUGAGCCUCUCCGGCUCCACCCCCAAGCGUGCCAAUGUCAUUAAAGCCAUUUGCCUCCUCCUGGGGCCCGACUUCUGCACCGACAUCAUUAACAUUGAGACGGCCGACCAUGCGCGACUGCAGAUCAAGCUCUCGUACAACUGGCACUUUGAUAUUAAGGACAGGAAGGACCCGGCUGAGGCCUCAAAGCUUUUCACUGUUCCUGAUUUUGUGGGCGACGCCUGUAAAGCCAUCGCUUCCCGAAUCCGAGGUGCUGUGGCGUCGGUGCAGUUCGACGACUUCCACAAGAACUCCAAUCGGAUCAUUUGCUCGGCCGUCUUUGGCUUUGAUGAGGCCAUGAAGAUCCGCAACUCCUUCAGGUUCCCCCAGAACAACUUGAUCAUCACCAGCGUCGACAUUCAGACUGUGGAGCCGGUGGAUCAGCGCACGCGCGAUGCUCUGCAGAAAAGUGUCCAACUUGCCAUUGAAAUAACCACCAACUCCCAGGAGGCAACUGCAAGGCAUGAGGCGGAGAGGCUGGAGCAGGAAGCCAAGGGUCGCUUGGAGAGGCAGCGAAUCACAGACCAGGCAGAGGCUGAGAAAGCGCGGAAGGAGCUGCUGGAACUGGAGGCGCUGAGUACCAUAGUGGAAAGCACCGGUGCAGCCAAGGCGGAGGCGGAGUCUAAGGCAGAAGCUGCCAGAAUCGAGGGCGAGGGGGCGGUGCUACAGGCCAAACUGCGCGCUGAAGCUUUGGCCAUUGAGACGGAUGCGGAGCUGCAGCGGUUGCGCCAGGCCCGGAGUGAGGAGUUGCGCUACUUGCAGGACAAGAACAAACUGGAGGUGCAGAAGACCCAGGAAUUGGCCGAGAUCGAAAUCAAGAAGUUUCGGGAGAUGGUCGAGUCGAUUGGCUCAGGCACCCUGCGGGACAUCGCCCUGGCUGGGCCGGAGCUGCAGGUGAAAAUGCUGAGGGGUCUGGGCAUCCAGUCCACACUAAUCACCGAUGGAUCAACUCCCAUAAACCUCUUCAGCACCGCCCACGGCCUUCUGGGACUGACCAGCAAACCUGCCCAGGAGAAGGAGUCCGAUUAAGGGCCCAAGGGGCCACACUCCCAGCAGGAUUGUGCUAUUAAUCCCGUAGCACCUCUGCUGCUCCCUAAAACAUAAUGCACUGAGCCCUGCACUGCUGCUCCGCUCUGUCAGUCCCGCCCCCACGCAUCUCUGCACCGCAAUACAGAACCCCUGGUCAUGUGACUGUCGGGCUCUGAGCUUUAUAUAAAGGUUUCCUCUUUAUGCUGCUGGGCCUCCAAAUAUGAAGUUAACCUUUUCUGUCUCCACCCCCACCUUGUGCUCAUAUUAACCCUGUACUGUCUGCUGUUACUGUAAAAUAUUUCUGGCUCUAUGUAUGGUGCCUUAUUACUGAGUGCAGGGCCCCAGAGCCCAACCGGUGCAAUAAACUUGUCUAUUUGGUA